AUGGUCCUUCUAUCAGAUGUGCUAGGUGAGCUCUAUCAGACAGUUAAUCAUAUGCUGAAUGAUGGCCACCCACUCACGGAAAUAUUCAUCCUCCCAAGGGGAGAUCUGGCGGGACUUACACUGCUGCGUGGCACAUUCCUAGACUCUGAACAGUUGCAGUGUUUCAUCGACUGUCACGCACGCUUCAGUCUGGACUCUGGCGCAUUUCGAGGCAUCAGCCCGGAUACGAGAGUCACCUGGGAGACGCCCUUCAACAGCAUCCUCAUUGAUAGCUUCGACUCCCAGCAAGUGAUAGAAAACGAACGUCUGGUCAAUCCUUUCUGUUUUUUUAGUUGCGAGGACUCUGAUGAAAUUUUGCACACAAAACCCACAAUAAUAUAUGUCACGGGCACACACUCCACCGCGGUGAAGGGCUUUGCCGAGGAUCACGCGGACACACUGCCCUUCCUCGCUGUCCCCUCAGAGGACUCUGGGUCCACAACGAAUCAUGUGGACAUGAUGGAAAGCGGAAAGGACGCCACCGCCGCCGUCGAGGUGACAGAAGACGAGGCGGAGGAGGAGGAGGAGGUGGAACCCGACUUGUCUGACAGUCAGCCCUGUGCCUAUCGCCUUCGCCUGCACAGCGCUCUCGUCGACUCCCAGGCGGGCAAAACCCUCCAAGUCACGGGUCUGUGUGCGGGUGAUGGGCAGCUGUUGGUGCCCGAUAUGGAGAUCUACUGGGAGGCCAAUUCUGCGCGGUGCCAGGAGAUCCUGGAGGAGCAUGAAAUAAACGUGUUGAGUUGCAGUAUCGGCACCUGUAUGCCCUCCGAAAGCGGUCUCCGCCUGGACUCCGAGCAGCUCAGUCUCCACGGUUUCGACCAGGCCAGCCUUCAUCGCCUGAAUAUUAGCACUGAGUUGGACAAUGAGGGCCUGAGCAUUUCCGGCAAGGGAUCUCUCGAGACGUAUGCCCAGCUACUACGCAACCUCGGCUGGAGCUAUUCCCGCCGCUCGCCUGGUGUUGAUAUGUCCCGCUGUUUCUUGAUGCAGUGCACCGCAACCAUCCAGGAUAACAUGAACCGUGUCAUUGCUUUUCAUCGAAGCAACCAGAUCGCUGUCAAGGUGAGGACUAUUCCCCCUUGUUAG